AUGAGCUCGCGAAACUUUCCUUCGCGUGGAGACGGCCAAGAUCGCGGCAACCCAUAUUCGCGCCGCAGGGGCCACGAUUAUGACCAUAGAGAUCGUGAUCAGGGGUACAGAGGUUAUAACGAUAGAUAUGAUCAUAGGGAUCAUGAGAGAGACCGAGACAGAAGAGACCGUAAUGGUGCCAAUGGAGGAAGGCAUUGGGAAAGAAGGGCUCCAGGCGGGUUUCCCUCUCGGCCCAGAGAUCGCGAUAGAGAUCGUGAUUCAAUUGACAGAGAUCGUCACCGUUCCCGAGACUCUCCCUCUGUUCAUUACAGCGAAGAGGUACUCAAUUCUGCAAAGCCUCUGGACUCAUAUACCCGUGCCUCUCUUUGGGACAAGGUACCGGAAGGAUUCGAGAAAAUCCCGGCUUCUCGGGCAAAAGCCUCGGGUAUUUUUCCAGCGCCAGGGGAGGUGAGAAAUUUGACCGAUAUCAAAAAGCUGCUUCAAUUGGAGGUGAAUGGUCGUCAGUCCCCUGGUGUGGGAGACGAUAAGAUGCUGGCUCCAGCUUUAUCUAGGGCAGCCAAAAGAUGUAUUAUUAGGGAGUCACAACCUCAGCCUAGAGAAUUGGAAAUUGUGGAGUUUCUCAAAGAGUUCAUUUUCUCCGUGAAAGGAUCAAAACCGAAGAUUAAGUCGUGGAAGUCGCCUGAUAACAAGGAUGUGAUCGUUGAGUUUGGUGAGUCUGAACUUGCCACAUUGGCACUGGCCCUGAAUGGGCUAACAUUGCCAGAGUUGAGCACUGUUCUGACUGUGACUCGUCCAGGGGAAUAUGUCUUAUAUCCGGAGGACGAAAUAUCCAAUACGUCGAAACUGAUUCUUUCAAACAUACCAUUGGACCACAGACUACUGGAUGUGAAGGAUGCAUUGGUCCCCGCUGGCUCUCUCAAAUCUUUCAAUCUUCUUACUGAUUUGGCUACAGGAGAUUCCAAGGGCAUUGCAUUUAUUGAAUUUGAGGAAACUGAUGAUUUAGACGAGAGGAUUGAGAAGACGACUGCCCUUAGUCUUGGUGAAAAGCCUCUCAUAUGUUUCAAGGCAUUCCAGGGUCCUGUUCAAAAAUCCAGCUUUACAUACGAGACGAUGGUUGAUCUGGCCGGAUCAGAAGAUACAAAGAGUCUGCACAAACUCUCUAGAGUUCUGGUGUUCUUACAGUGUAUUGCAAUUCGGGAGCUUGUGUCUCCUAUAACUUACGAGGAGGUUCAGGACGACUUCUAUGAUGGCUGUGCCAAACACGGCAAGGUUGAGCUUUUGCACAUACCGAGACCCAGUCCCACAUAUAAAGAUGGCGAUGAAGUUGCUGCUGAGGUUGGAAAUGUUUAUGUCAAAUUUGAUACCGAGGAAUCUGCAAAAGCUGCUUUGGAGGCCCUGGGUGGCAGAUUGUUUGGCGGGAGGUCUGUGAUAGGUGCCUACUUUGAUGAGAAAGAUUUUGAUCUCAGACUUUGGAAAACAAAGGUUACUUGGGAAACCUGA